GAUACAGAAGCAGGGUCUGUUCAGUCACGUGGGCGCGGAGCCUAGUGCUCUGCUCUCUUUAGGGAGCCUAAGGUCUGUCUUUUCGGAACGCGGUGACAGACGCUCUGCCGCAAUGGGGUCUUGGAAUAAAGGUCAGAGCUGCCUAGCGGCCGGGUUGCUGCAGAACCAAGUGGCCGUGGUUACCGGCGGGGCCACGGGCAUCGGAAAAGCCAUCUCCCGGGAGCUCCUGCACUUGGGGUGCAAUGUGGUCAUUGCUUCCCGGAAGCUGGACAGAUUAAACACUGCUGCAGAUGAACUAAGAAAGUCCCUGCCUCCCUCCAGCCGCGCUCAGGUCACUGCCAUACAGUGCAACAUCAGGAACGAAGAAGAGGUGAAUAAUUUGGUCAAAUCUACCUUAGCUAAGCAUGGUAAGAUCAACUUCUUGGUGAACAACGGAGGAGGCCAAUUCCUGUCUCCUAUUGAAGACAUCAGUGCAAAGGGAUGGCAAGCUGUGAUCGAAACCAACCUGACAGGCACUUUCUACUUGUGUAAAGCAGUUUACAAUUCCUGGAUGAAAGACCAUGGAGGAUCUAUUGUCAAUAUCAUUGUCCUUAUUAGCAAUGGGUUCCCAAUAGCCUCGCACUCCGGAGCUGCAAGGGAAGGUGUUUAUAACCUCACCAAAUCCAUGGCUCUGGCCUGGGCCCAAAGUGGAGUAAGGAUCAACUGUGUUGCUCCUGGAACCAUUUAUUCCCAGACUGCUGUUGACAACUACGGUGAAUUGGGACAAAGCAUGUUUGAAACGGCCUUUAACACUAUCCCAGCUAAGCGCAUUGGAAUCCCUGAGGAGAUCUCCUCUGUAGUGUGCUUUCUGCUGUCCCCUGCAGCUUCCUUUAUCACUGGACAAUUGGUCAAUGUGGACGGGGGCCAGGCUUUGUAUACUCAUUCCUUCAAUAUACCAGAUCAUGACAACUGGCCUGAGGGAGUUGGGGACCUUUCUGUGGUCAAGAGAAUGAAGGAAUCUUUUAAGAAGAAGGCGGCCAAGCUCUAAAUCAAGGAAGCACCACCGUCUUGUCCCUGUGUGCCUUAGCAUUUUGAGAAGGUUUUGUACGUCACAAGACCUUAUAAUUUGUGGGGAAAAAAACUGUUAACAUUAUCAAUUUUACCUAUGCAAAAACUACUCCCAAAAAUAAACGUAUUUUCAUGUGCAAA